AGUCCUGCCAUCACCGCAACAUUGCUGUGGCAGCUAUCAUUCCCUUUUUUGUUAUACUCUCACUCCUUCAACCGAUGGCAUCACGCCACGUCAUCUUCGCUACUACUAACGCGCGCGUCAGCUCCUACCACUGUGUUCCCCGAAACUUCGAUAACUUCCAUAACGAUUUUACCAACAUUGCCACCUUACAUAAGCAAACACAAAAACACCAAACUACGCUCUUUUCUUUCACUUCAAUUCCUUCGAAUCCCAAUCUAAAACCAAACACAACAUGUCAAAUCUCGACGGAAAUUCGUCGCCAAAGAUACAUAUUCAGACUCCGCCAGCGGCGCCUUCUGCGCCCAGUGAGAGCCAACGGACGUCGGCCACCAGCGGCUGGGGAAUAGCCGGAAUCCUGCGGCGGUGGAAGAGGGAGGACUUGAUGAAGAGAGCGUCCUUGGCACUGCGAGGGAUCGCUCUGUUUUUGUCUCUGAUUUCGUUCAUUGUCAUGGCCAGCAAUAAACACGGCGAUUGGAGAGAUUUCGAUAAAUAUGAAGAGUACAGGUACUUGCUAGCUAUAGCGAUUUUGUCUAGUUUGUACACUGGAGGCCAAGCGUUCCGUCAAAUUCGUGAACUUUCCACUGCAAAACAAAUGCUUAAGCCAAAAAUGGCAGCUAUAAUUGACUUUGUUGGUGAUCAGAUUGCUGCAUAUCUUUUGAUAUCAUCGGCAUCUUCAGCAGUUCCAUUGACAAAUAGAAUGAGGACAGGAGCUGACAAUAUAUUUACAGACGCUUCAGCUGCAGCAAUUAGCAUGUCUAUUUUUGCCUUUUUGUCUCUAGCAGCUUCAGCCCUUAUUUCUGGCUACAAACUAUCAACUCAACCUUAUAUCUGAA